AUGUCAUACAUCUCAACAAACAAUCAACUGGCAGAUAUGUUUACUAAAUGCAUCUCAGGCGCACAACUACAGAAGAUUAUUCUCAAGCUGAGAAUAGAAGACAUCCACUCACCAGCUUGA